UCGAGCCUACCCUCUGUUUUUCAGGGUGAGGCGAAGGUUGGGAGGACUGCAGUGCGCGUGGUUUGGCUGCAGAUCUCAGGAGAACCAGUUUGCUUCUCACUCUAAACUCAUGACAAUGGAAAUGAAAGACGAACAGCAGGAGGAGGACAUUUCAUUCAGCAACACUGACACUAAUGGUAAACGUCCUGCUGAGGACCUGGAUGAGGAGCAGGCCUUCAAACGUUCACGCAACAUUGAUGAGAUGGUGGAGCUGCGGGUUCUGCUUCAGAGCAAAAAUGCAGGAGCUGUCAUUGGAAAAGGUGGCAAGAACAUAAAAUCACUGCGCACAGACUACAAUGCCAGUGUUUCAGUCCCAGACAGCAGUGGCCCAGAGCGGAUCCUGAGUGUGAGUGCCAGUAUCGACACUAUUGGAGAUAUUCUACUAAAAAUCAUACCAACAUUAGAGGAGUACCAGCAUUACAGUGGGAUUGAUUUUGACUGUGAGCUUCGCCUGCUGAUCCAUCAGAGCUUGGCUGGGGGUAUAAUUGGAGUGAAAGGUGCCAAGAUAAAGGAGCUGAGAGAGAACACCCAGACCACCAUCAAGCUGUUCCAGGAAUGCUGUCCACACUCCACAGACAGGGUCGUCUUAGUAGGAGGAAAACCAGAACGUGUGGUUGAAUGCAUCAAAGUUAUCCUGGAGCUAGUGUCAGAGGCACCAGUCAAAGGCCGCACUCAGCCUUACGACCCUAAUUUCUAUGAUGAGACAUAUGAUUAUGGUGGCUUCACCAUGUUGUUUGAGGACAGGGGCAGACGACCCAUGGGUGGAUUUCCCAUCCUUGUGCGUGGUGGUUAUGAUCGCUUGCCCCCGUUACGUGGCAGCAGACCUCUGCCUCCCUCAAGAAGGGACUAUGAUGACAUAAGCCCCCGCCGAGGUCCUCCUCCACUUAGUAGAGGAGGAAGAGCGGGGAGCCGAGCACGAAACCUGCCUCUUCCCCCACCCCCACUACCAAGAGGAGGAGGAGACCGGUUUUCACAUGGCAGCUAUCACGGCAGCAUGGAUGACAGACCAAGUGAAAGAAGAGGCAGAGACCGCUAUGACAGCAUGAGUGGAGGUGGUUAUGACAACAUUUCUUCCUGGGACCGCUUUCCUCCUGGUGGCAGAGGGUCAUACAGUGACAUCGGAGGCCCGGUCAUCUCAACGCAAGUCACCAUCCCAAAAGAUCUGGCCGGCUCCAUCAUUGGAAAGGGCGGCCAGAGAAUCAAGCAGAUCCGCCACGAGUCUGGGGCAUCUAUCAAGAUUGAUGAACCACUAGAGGGCUCUGAGGACCGCAUCAUCACCAUUACUGGGACACAGGACCAGAUCCAGAACGCCCAGUACUUACUGCAGAACAGUGUGAGGCAGUACUCUGGUCGGUUCUUCUAGAGGGGAGAGAAAAGGGAGAAGCCAUGCUGCCAUAUUGUUUGCUGACUCUGUUCAGAGCCAACAUUCCUCUGCUUUGGGUAGAUGUGUCCCUUCCCUUUAACCGUCUCUAGCUAUACCACAGAUGUGUUCUCAAGCUUUUAUUUAGAGGCCUGAAAAAUCCAUAAUUCAAUGUUUGUGUAUUAUUUUUUUUUAUAUAUAUUUUGCUCUACUGGUAUAUAACCCAUCUGUGUUAUUAGGUUUGGUGUUGUGAGCCGGCCCUAGGGCUUAUUUUUCUUCUUCAGUACAGCAACCGGAAUGUACUUUCUUUUUUUUCUUUUGAUCUUGUUGGGUGAAAGAUAUUUUAUUAUCUACUAUUGACUUUUAAGAAAAUUUUCCAAACAAAGAUGAAAGGUUUUACUUGAUUAAAAAACAAAAGGAUUAGAAGAAAGUUCUGUAAGUUUUUAUUUUAAGGUUUCCAUUACGCAUCUCCAUAUGCAAAAGGUGUUUUUUUUUAAGUAGGUUAUAUCAUGGGUUAUGGGGGAAACAUUCAUUUUGGGUCACUAGAAAUUAAUAGCAUCUCAAUUUCACAAAGAAUGAAAGUUAAAUGUUACAUUUUAUACUUGAACUGAGUUCAAAGAGAAACUGGUUAAGAGUUUGACUUUUCUGUGAUAGUAUGGAGGUACGACACAGUCAGUCUGUGGUCCAACUGGAUAUGUGAAAACAUCAGAUUUUAUUGUAUUUUAAAAGAACAACAACCUUUUUUUUUCAUUGUUGCUAAAAUUAGAUAAAACACGGGCAAUCUCAAUUAUGUUGAAACAUAGUUUAUAUAAAAAUAAGCAAAUUGACAUUUUGCUACUGGCAACUUUUAUAUGCAGCCAGAAAAGUAAAGUUUACUAACU